UAAACCCUAAACUCCGGAGUCCAGCCAUUUCUUCCUUCAGGUCCGCUCUCGUAAACCAUCCGGCUGAGGUUCACUUCAGCUAUUUCUCCCUUCCUUCUCCUUCGCACCACUGUCGCCGGUGACCACGAGUUCCAAGGAACCACACUAUACUAAACAAAAUUGUUAGCAUUGCUAUGCCCACAAAACUCUUAUCGCACCUCCAUCUUAUCCAAGUUUCUUCCUUCGCUCGUCUGCCCUCCAUGAAGCUUGGAGUCUCCGUUCCAACGUCUCGAGCGGUCCCCAUUUUCUCUCGUAUCUUCCCCUUCAGGCUCAAGUACCUGGGCCUGGAAUCUCGUGCUGUACGGAACGAACUACUUGGCAUACGGCGAUUUUCGACCCGGUCGUUUCCUGGGAGGGCUGGGGCGAGGUCCGAGUUCAACCGGGGGAAUAGGGAUACAGAAAGAAUCAGGGUGUCUAAGAGCUUGAUUGAGGAUGAGGGUGAACUCAGUGACUGGGUUGACGAUUUGAAGACCGAUUCUUAUCGAGGUCGACUCACCAGCGAAGAGGAUGACUCGGAUAGGGAGACGGGUCGCACUGGAGGGAGGAGUAGAGCAUCUUUGUCGAUGAAAGGGAGCAGGGAGAUUGGGUCGAGCAGAUUUGGUGAAUCAACUCGGAGGAGAACUCGUGAUACAUUUGAGUCAUUAUCUCGAAAUUCUCGUAUGAACCGGAGAUUUGAAGACGAAGACGACAAGGAGGAAACUGAAUUCCGCUCUUGGAGACCCGGUAGAGUGUCCGAAGGUCGGAAUGCGAAGUCUCUCUUGGGGAAGAGAAGUGGUGAGGAGUUGCGAAGAGGCAGAAGGGAUGGAAAGAGAAAAUCGUAUUCAAUGAGUGAGGAUGAUGCUGACGAAGAUGAACAGGGGGCAAAGAAUUUCAUGGGACGCUUUGGAGAUCUUAUUAGUGAAGAUAGUGACGCUGAAGAUACUGCAGAUGAAUAUGAUGAUGAUGAUUUACCGAAGAAGACUUCAGAUUUUCAGCUGGGUCGGGAAAAGGAGCUGAAGAAGAGCAGUCCAACAAGAGGUUCUCCUGAGAGAUCUGACAAUUAUUUAAGUGAGACCAAAUUUGAUCAAUGUUCAAUCUCGCCUUUAUCAUUGAAAGGAGUCAAGGCUGCUGGAUAUGAGAAAAUGACUAUUGUGCAGGAGGCAACUCUUCCAGUAAUUCUCCGAGGUAAGGAUGUCCUAGCCAAGGCUAAAACAGGCACAGGAAAAACUGUUGCCUUUUUGCUUCCGUCUAUUGAAGUCGUCGCAAAGUCACCUCCGGUUGAUCGUGAUCAAAAGCGACCUCCAAUCCUAGUGCUUGUCAUAUGCCCAACUCGAGAGCUUGCAAGUCAAGCUGCUGCAGAAGCCACUAAACUACUUAAGUACCACCCUUCCAUUGGUGUCCAAGUUGUGAUUGGAGGGACAAGACUUGCUUUGGAACAGAAACGCAUGCAAGCUAACCCUUGCCAGAUCCUUGUUGCUACUCCCGGAAGACUUAGGGACCAUAUUGAGAAUACAGCAGGCUUUGCAACUCGGUUGAUGGGUGUGAAAGUCCUUGUGCUUGAUGAAGCUGAUCAUCUAUUAGAUAUGGGAUUUCGCAAAGACAUUGAGAAGAUAAUUGCUGCAGUUCCUAAACAACGACAGACUCUUAUGUUUUCUGCCACCGUUCCAGAAGAGGUCCGCCAAGUCUGCCAUAUUGCAUUGAGAAGGGAUCAUGAAUUUAUCAAUACAGUUGAAGAGGGUACUGAGGAGACACAUUCACAGGUUCAACAGAUGCAUUUAGUUGCACCAUUAGACAAACAUUUCUCCUUGCUCUACGUUCUUCUAAAGGAGCAUAUUGCUGAUGAUAUUGACUAUAAGGUUCUUGUUUUCUGCACAACUGCCAUGGUCACAAGACUUGUUGCUGACCUUCUUGGUGAGUUAAACUUGAAUGUGAGAGAGAUUCAUUCAAGAAAGCCUCAGAGCUAUAGGACCAGGGUCUCUGAGGAGUUUCGGAAGUCAAAGGGCCUAAUCCUUGUGACUUCUGAUGUAUCUGCCCGCGGAGUUGAUUAUCCAGAUGUCACUCUGGUUAUACAGUUGGGUUUGCCAGCUGUUAGAGAACAGUAUAUCCACCGACUGGGUCGAACAGGGCGGAAGGGUAAAGAAGGGCAAGGCAUAUUGUUAUUAGGUCCUUGGGAAGAAUUCUUUUUAUCUACCGUAAAGGAUUUGCCUAUUACAAAAGCUCCAGUGCCUUCAAUUGAUCCUGACACAAAGAAAAAGGUGGAAAGGGCCCUAUCACACGUGGAGAUGAAGAACAAAGAAGCAGCAUAUCAGGCCUGGCUUGGUUACUAUAAUUCCAACAAGAAAGUGGGGAAAGACAAGUAUAGGCUAGUGGAGCUGGCAAAUGAAUUCAGUAGAAGCAUGGGCCUUGAUAACCCUCCAGCUAUUCCAAAGCUGGUCCUUGGCAAGAUGGGCCUCAGAAAUGUACCUGGUUUACGAUCCAAAUAGGUUAUACUGUGACGCUCCAUGUGAUUUCUUGAUGUGUUUUUUUUUUUGGGAUAACAGAUGAGUACUUUUGCUUUGAAGAUGCAUUCUCAGGCCUCCUUGCUACCCUUUUGGAUUGGAGGUCAAGCAAUCACCCCUUGGUACUAUAUGCUUGCUCCCGUUAAUCGUCCGAAUUUGAGGUCAUUUGUUUUCGUUGUGGAAAGAAUGCAAGUUUUCCACGUUUUUAUCAUUUUUUUUUUUUUUUUU